CGGGUGGCGGGAAGAAGUUUGAAAGCGCAACCUUGCACACACUGGCGCUCCAAGUUCCAAGUUCAAAUUCAAACCUGAGCUAGGAGAAGGAUGUCCGAUGAAGCUGCUUCAACUGGCGCCCUUCAAGUCUUUCAUCUGAGCCUGGAGAGAGUGAUUCUGAGCAGAGAAAGGUUUGUGACUUCUAGGCAAUAGAAGCCUACCGUAAGUAGCUUGUGGGUAUGCAUCAGCAGCAAGCAAGCCGGACAGGUCUAACUUGUGCCAAAUACGACAACGUGAGGUUAGACGAUGCCAUCAGCAAGCCUAGACGCAAAAUCGUAGAAAACACAGGAAGGUAGAGUUCUGACAUCAGAGGUUGAGAGCUCUUUGACUGGCUCUGCGCUUUUUGGGUAGGAAGAUACACUUGCUAUAAUUUUUAAGUUCUGUUCAACCUGCCAACUCCGAUGUGUAGACUGAACUCUUGAUGACCCGGGUGGUGCACCGAUGUCUGUUACUAGGUUAACAACAGGCUGGCAUGGGGGCAUCUGCAAUUGGAGCGGACUACUUUGAUCUAGAAGCUAUCCUGGCAGAGGAAGAGAGAGUGCCGGUGCUAUUCCUGACAAGUGUCACAGGCGUCGGGAGAGCGCUUGACCCAAGCUGUGACGAUGACGACCUGGCGGAAGGGGUGAAAGUUGAUCUCCCCCAGUGGCUGACUAAGGGGCAACUCAGCGAGAAGCGCUUUGUUGAGGUCCGCACGCCAAAAUGCUUCAAUGAGAGGGUCAAGAAAGACAUCCAGGCGGACCCGGGGGUGGUCAAUUUGAGAGAGCGCAGCGCCUUCUUCUACGCCUUUGGAAGGAGCCUUUGCAGAAUCCUAGACAACAACGCUGAGCUGGCAGACUUUCUCCUGAUCACAUUCCGGGGGCGCUACAAGGACUUGCUCCUGCAGAGUCACUUCGCGCCCGAUGAAGACGUUCAAGCCCUCAAGAGGAUCAUGACGCGAGAGGAGAUUCGGAUCUUCGAGGCCGGCAGGCAGUCGAUGCAGAGCUUCACGCAAUGGCGGCAACGUAAAGACUCCAUCUAUAACAUGGCUCCCAUACUGGGCAAGAAAAGGAAACGUUAGGUGCCGAGUUGAAGCGCAACGCAGGUCGAGCAUGUUGACUAGAAAAAAGGACAGGAGUUGUUCAAGUGUCAAGAUUCAAUUGGUAAUCAAGAGCAUUGGGCGAGCGCAUUGACCGUAGGACAAUCUUCUCAUCUCAGGUCGUCAUUGUAAUAUAGAGCGAAAGAUUCUCAAAGGAUCGGGGGAAAAACAAAGCAUUGCUUAGCCUUUUGACAUUCCUGAAGAUGCUGAAGCCUGAGUGAAACAUACCUCCUUGCUUCAUGCUAGGCUCCCCCUUGUAACUUGCCUUCGAGUACAUGUCUUUCGCUGAAUCCUUUCAGAUAGGGCCGGCAAACCUAGAAUUCCAUCGC